AGAGGGAAGGAAGGGCGGAGAAGACUCAACUUCUGCCAAUAGAAGGAAACGCUGUCAUUUUUGUAUUAUUAUUAUUUAUUUAUUUAUUUUAUCUCAGUUACAAAACUAUCGGCCUGAUAUCUGCGUCUGUUAUUCACCCUGCGCCGCUGAUCCAACUCUGGAAUUGAUCUGGUGAUAAACAGCAUCUAAUGGGAUUUAAGAGACUCCGUUAUCGAGGCGUAAAGGAGGACUGUCGGUUAUAAUAGCCUAAGAACCGGCGCAAAGUAUAUAAAGCUAUAAAACAGAUCGCAGGUGACCCGAGACGCGAUUUAAUAGUUGCCGUUCUUUUAAACUUCACUUGGCGUCUUAAAAACGCCCAAAACCCGCGUGCGGCGUGAACGGCCCUUAGACAUUUGAGAAAGCUACAAACGUUUGUUUGUUUGUUUUGUGCUCCACCUUAAAGGAAAAGAUAUAUGAUAUUGAUAUUGAAAGCUGUUGUUUAGAGAGGUGCUUUUGCCUCUUCGUGCGCCACGUUUGAAGACCUAACCCAGGCGUAACCGUCAAGUUCCUCUAAACAAGGCUUUGUGGAUGACAACGCAUGAUUGUUUAUGUUUGGUAUGACUUUAUAUGAACCUUUGCACGAAUGCGUUUGUCUUUAAACGGAGUGACUUUCUCUGCCUAAAUGCUGUUGAACGUGGGCAGAAUAAAACCCACUCCUUACAGAAUGCUGGACUAAGGGCACGGAAGAUGGCAUCUGCUAUUUUUGAGGGCACAUCCCUGGUCAACAUGUUCGUGAAGGAUUGUUGGGUUAACGGGAUCCGCAGACUCAUUAUAAAGGGACAGGAAGAGGAGUUCUUUGAGAUAAGGACUGAAUGGUCAGACAGAAAAAUUCUCUACCUACACAGAAGCUAUUCAGACUUGGGAAGACUUUUAAAAAGACUUGUAGGGUGUUUCCCCGAGGAUAGAAGAGAUUUAUCCAAGUCGCCUCUGAUAGAAGGGCUUGUGAAGAUUAAAGAAGUGAGAGACAUUGAGACUAAGCUAAAUGAAGUGGAGAGACUGUUGAAGAACGCCAUUAACUUGCCCUGGAAGUUUUCUAGGUCAGAGGUUGUCUUAACUUUCUUUGAACGUUCGCCGCUCGAUCAAGUCCUGAGGAAUGAUAAUGUCCACAAGAUUCAACCCUGUUUUUCCAAUCCAGUUAUGAUUUCAGAGAUUUUGAGGUCUAAUGGCUUUUGCAUGGCAAACACAGAGACCAUUGUAUUUGAUGAGAGCAUUCCACUGGACAAAGAGAGACCUUCCUCCACUGACUCAGCCCAGCAUUCGUGCGAUGAAGAUGGAAGAGAGUCCCUGGAUCCUGUGGAUCAAGAUCUGAGUGAUGAUGACUUAGAGGCUUACGUCACUAACUUGUCCUACUACCACCUGGUUCCCUUUGAAACAGACAUCCUGGAGUGAUGCACACAAUUCUGCAUGGGCAGAAAUAUAUGGGGGCGCACUGCACCCCACCUCCCCUACUCUGAUAUCUUCUAUCCAGAAAUGGGAAUGCGCUGCAGUUUAGAUGCUUCUGAUGCUUGGUAGGGUUUUUGAUGGCAGUAAGAGAAGGAUAUUAAUAAACAGGCCAAAUACAGAGAUUACCACUAACUUCCUGGAGCAGCUCACUGCUGUCUGUGUUGAGCAGAUUUAAUGGCCUGAGCCCAAAAUGACACUGUACUCACCCACGUGCCUCAUUAUUCAACCAAAAAUCAAGCUGCUGACAAGAAAUCAUAAUAGGAACAAACAUGAGGAAAAAAUUAGAUUGAAUGCUGCUAUUUUUGGGGUACAAAUAUGUGGAGGGCUGGAAUGUUGGCUUUUUAUUUAAAGUCCAGGCUGAAUUAACUUUAGGAGUUGUGGUUAAUUUUGCCUGUUUUCCCAAAGCCCAAUUCCCAGAAAACCUGCCGUUUUUUUUUUCAUUUUUUUUCUCCAGAUACAGUCAAUGCUAUGAGACGUUUUUAGACAACCUGUGACUUUGGUUGGUGUUCUCUUUUCAAAUGCUUCUUUUGCAAAAGAAGAUCAGGAGAAGAAUGUAUAAAGAUGGAAGAUUGGGAUCUUAAUGGAACUCGUUGGAACUUACAGUGUGGAUUCAAACAGACUAUUUCUAUGCUUUGGGGAUUUUGUUUGAGCUUAAUGGGGGAGAAAGUGUUAUUUGGUAAGGAUCCAAACUUCAUUCGUCACUAUGCAACAGCUUGGUUGAUGUGCCAGAGGGCCACAAUCUUGAAUGAGAGCCCCACAGGCCCUGUUCACAACUCCGGAAACAAGAAGCAACUUUCUUCUAAGAAAACAAAUGGCCAUUUUGUGGAGGCAAGCACAACUUGUGUCUGUUUAAUCAUUGUGUGUGUAUGUUUACUUACUGUAAAACAGCAUGUAGAAAAGUUUUCAUAAAGAAAGAUGUGGUCAUGUUUAUGACAGACAAUGGCCACAUCAGCAUAAAACUUUAAAAUGAAAAACAGUCCAUGACUAAACAGUUAUCCAAUCUGUUUCCUUUCCAUGUUGUAGCCAAUGUUGAAAAUGACAAAGAAAAAUGAAAAUUCUGUCAUUAUUUUUUCACUCUCAUAUGGUUCCAGACCCAUAUGACUGGAAGAUAUUAGACAGAAUGUGAGCCUCAGUCACCAUUAACUUUCAUUGGAUGGAAUAAAAUAUGUAAUGAAAGCUAAUGGUAACUGAGGUUAAGAUUGUUGCUAACAUCUUUAAUGUUCCACGGAGUAAGAAAGUCACACAAGUAGGGCCGCUUGUGUUUAGCGGCCCUACUUGUGUGACCCCUAGGGGGUUUAGGGGUCCACGUGAUAUGAGCGUGAAGUGAUUGUCUGUGUUCCGCAACUGCUUUUGGUUCCUUGAAAAACAUAUAACGUGCGAGUAAGGGCAGCCGGUGGACUCUCUGUUGUAAGGGUAAGAUGGUGUCCUCCUAGGGAUUUGGUGCCUUAUGCAGACUGUAUAGUAUGCGUGUAGGGAGCGGCGGUACUGCAUACAAGUUUAGAAGGACAUGAGGGUGAGUAAAUGACAGAAUUUCCAUUUUUCAGUGAACUAUCCCUUUAAAUCCCUCCCUAAAGUGUUUUGAGUGAAUUCUACACAGUGCAUACUAUCUUAUGGUCUUUCGUCUACUGAAGGACUGCGGACAGUAGUUGAACUUUACUCUUUCUUCUGGAAUACAAAGGACAUGCACACACACUUGGCACAAGGCUCCUCACAAGCACACACAUGCAUAAACACACCCCUACUUUGUAAUGCAGACAUUCUGUCCCUGCUACCCGUGAGAAAGUUUUGCUCUUUUUUUUAAUACAGAGAUUUCUGUUGAUUUAUUUUUUUUUGCCCUUUCCUUUGUAAUACAAAGCAGACAAACAUGAAGAAUAUAAAGGAUGCCCUUAUAACUAGAGACUUGAGUUUGAGAUUGUUUUUAUAUACUUUUGCAAACAAACCUAUUUAAAUUAGCAUAUUUUAAAAUGUGCAUAUGUCUCAUUAUUAUGCGAGCCUCAGACAUUGACUGGUCGGCCAUAAAACAUUCCUUUGUAACAUCCUGAAAUAAACUCUCCUGCCUCUUGCACAAAACACCAGAGGCUGCACUUAGAAUGUUUGCACACUAUAAAUGAAUAUUCUCAUAAGUGCUGAUCUGUAAACAAUUUAGAAGUAGACAGCUCUGCCUUCAUCUUGCAUUCAUGCAAGUCGUAUUGAACACAGAUUAAAGCUUGAUUAAAGUACAUGAUUUACAGUAAGACAUGACCAAAUGCAUAGUGCAUAAGAUGUCAAACACAAAAGAUUUUAUUGAAGUGUAUUUUUGAUCACUGAAAAUGUAUUUCAUGAAAUAAAUAUUUGUAUAAGCAUCACAAUGAACAGGUCCUUUUUCACUGUGUUUUCAAUGUUGUAUAAAAUACACAUUUUAUAUACAGCAUUCAUUUAAUGGUUCAUUUGACUGAGGAAAGGAGUACAUCACAUCAUUUAUAUCACUAAUCAUAAUAAUUAAUAUAUUUGAAGUGAAAUGCAAAUUUGUGAAUAAUUUAUAUAAAAC